GUAAACACCCUCAAGAGAGGGCAAAUGGAUAUAGGGAAGGCACGUCGAUUUCCAGAACAGACGUAGACGCGAUUAUUUCGCACGGAGUUUUGCCACCAUGCGCAAUGGGCGACGGCCUGCCUGGGCUCGGAGACCACUCCUAGUGUCGGUGUUGGAUGUGACACACCAGCAGACCCAGCGAGUGAACUGUGCCGCUAUGAUGAGGUGCACGAGAAAGGGACACGUGUAGCUGCCCCAAGCAAUGGGGCCCAGCCGGGUGGUGCUAUGGCCAGCCGUGCUGCUGGUCCAACUAGCUCUACCAUGGGCCAGUGCCGGUAAACCACCAAUGGGAGGCGGCAGCUUUUUGGGCGACGUCAACAUAUCUGCCAUCCUAGACUCUUUCAGUGUCAGUUACGACAAAAGAGUAAGACCCAGUUACGGAGGCCCCCCCGUGGAGGUGGGAGUCACCAUGUAUGUGCUCAGUAUCAGCUCCGUCUCCGAAGUUCUCAUGGACUUCACGCUGGAUUUUUAUUUUCGACAAUUCUGGACAGACCCGCGGCUGGCCUUUAUGAAAAGGCCCGGCGUCGAGACGCUGUCGGUCGGUUCGGAAUUCAUCAAGAACAUCUGGGUGCCUGACACAUUUUUUGUAAACGAAAAACAAUCGUACUUCCAUAUUGCAACCACAUCAAACGAGUUCAUUCGGAUUCAUCACUCAGGAUCGAUUACGAGAAGUAUUCGACUAACAAUUACAGCAUCAUGUCCCAUGAACCUACAAUACUUUCCUAUGGAUCGCCAGUUGUGUCACAUAGAAAUCGAAAGUUUCGGUUACACCAUGCGGGAUAUACGCUAUAAAUGGAAUGAGGGCCCCAAUUCGGUAGGGGUGUCCAACGAGGUAUCGCUACCCCAGUUUAAGGUGCUCGGGCACAGGCAGAGGGCCAUGGAGAUCAGCCUUACCACAGGAAACUAUUCCCGCCUCGCCUGCGAGAUCCAGUUCGUGCGCUCCAUGGGUUACUACCUCAUUCAAAUCUACAUCCCGUCCGGCCUUAUUGUCAUUAUUUCUUGGGUUAGCUUCUGGUUAAAUCGCAAUGCCACACCGGCUAGAGUAGCUCUGGGAGUAACAACUGUACUCACGAUGACCACCUUAAUGUCUUCUACGAACGCGGCUCUGCCAAAGAUCUCGUACGUCAAAUCGAUUGACGUGUAUUUGGGAACGUGUUUCGUCAUGGUAUUCGCCAGCCUUUUAGAAUAUGCGACUGUCGGUUAUAUGGCCAAACGAAUACAGAUGAGGAAGAACCGAUUCUUGGCCAUACAAAAGAUUGCCGAACAGAAGAAGUUGAACGUCGAUGGACCGGAUGGCGAUCAUGCGCCAAAACAAACAGAGGUGCGGUUCAAAGUGCACGACCCGAAGGCUCACAGCAAGGGCGGAACACUGGAGAGCACCGUGAACGGGGGCCGUGGCGGUGGAGGUGGAGGGCCCGACGAGGAGUCGGCGCCCCCAAUACCCCAGCACAUCAUCCACCCGGGCAAGGACAUCAACAAGUUGUACGGCAUCACGCCAUCCGAUAUCGACAAAUACUCCCGCAUCGUGUUCCCCGUGUGCUUCGUGUGUUUCAACCUCAUGUACUGGAUUAUCUACUUGCACAUCUCAGAUGUUGUGGCGGACGAUCUAGUGCUGCUGGAGGAAGACAAAUAAAACAAGUGAACUGAAUAUAGAGCUCAUAAACAAAACACUCGUGCAUUUUAAAAACAAAACCAACAAACCGACAAAAGCUACAACAACAACAACAAGAAGUAAUAAGAGGGAAAGGAAAGUAAUUUAUAUAAAAAAAAGUGAGAAAGAGACGUUCAUAAUUCGAGUGGAUCCAUAAUACAUAAGAGAGAGAAAGAGAGAGCGAAAGAGUAGUUUAUCAACGAUCGUAGAAAAGUAUAAAACUCUUAGAGACUUUUGCGUAGCUUCCUCGGCGAGACGCGUUUGUAUAUAGAAUACCCUGAUCAUUCGCUAAACAACCAAUAAAUAAAAUCUACAACACAAAACACAUACACAACUCAUAUAAAAAUUCGUGUGAGGAUACAUUUAUUAUUGUUGAUCGCAGUAUGAAGACGUUGAUUUUUGUUUCGACCAAUCUAAAAUCAAAUUUUGAAAGAAAUAUGAGACGAUAGUUGAAGAGGCAAAGAACAGCGAUUAGCAGGUUAUUGUUUCCUUUUCAAUUAAUUGUGUAUGGAAGAAAGGAAGAUACAGAAAAAAACUAGCCCCGCUUUCACGAUUUUUAUUUCGUUCUUUAGAGGUGCGUGUGACCAUUAAGCACUGUCAAUUCUUCACCUAAAAGUCCGAGGUUUUCCGACCAGGCGAAGGGUGGUUAAUGGACGAUGCGCUCACGAGUUAAGGGAUUGUGGUGAACAUCGGUUAGGUUUUGUACAUAUGUUCCUCUUUUAUACUGCGCCCCCUCAAAAAAAAAGAACCAAAGAAGAAAGAUGUUGAAGACGAAAGAAUAAAAACGUAUAUAAUAUAUAAGAAACAAUCCCAGUCAAUUUUUACGAUCGAAAUCGGCUUAGAGAGAGAA